AUGAAAGGAACUGGCAUAAAUCAGGUGAUGAAGAAAAGCAACCCAGGACUACCAACAGCAGUUAAUAUAACUUGGUCUUCAAUCAAUUUUAAAACCAUACUGAAGUGGCAACCAAAACCAUCGGGUUACUUCUACACCGUAGAAAUACAUGGGGAGACGUCUGAUACCAGAAAAAAAUGCAUAAUGACUACAGAAACAGAGUGUGAUGUUACUGAUGCACUCCGGAAUGUAAAGGAGACCUAUACAGCACAUAUAUUAUCUGUAAAAUCCUUGGUGGAGGAUAACUUUGAAGAACCACUUUUUGCAAGCUCUGAAAAAUUCACACCUUAUAAUCAGACUAUUAUUGGAAAACCAGAGAUCCAACACUACACGCAAGAAGAUUCCAAACUGAAUGUUGUGUUUCGAGAUCCACUUACGCCAUAUAUGUUUUCUAAUGGAAGCUUUCAAAGCGUUCGAGAUAUUUUCAAACACGACCUGGAAUACAAACUCUAUUACUGGAAAGAUCAAAGUUCUGGAAAGAAAGAUGCAACAACAAAAAGCCAUAUGUUUGAUAUAAGUGUUGACAACAAAAAUAACUAUUGCUUCUACGUACAGGGAAUCAUUCCCUCUCGCAGAGAAAAUCGUAAUGGACAAGAAAGCAUGGUGCUUUGUACCACUAUAGAAAGAACUAUUUUAGAUGAAUAUGGAGCAGAAGUCUUUAUCAUCAUAGCAGUGUUAGCAAUUGCAGUCCUUGCUCUCACCAUUGUCCUAGCAGUGAUCCUGUGUAAACGCAAGAAAGCAAAACCUGCAAGAGAAAAAGAACCACUUAACGGUGUCUAAGGAAAAACUAUUGUGGAUACUCAUGGAAGACACAAAGGCAAGAAAAAAAGAUGGAGCCUUUAGUCUCUCUGGUACAGGAAAUUUGAAGCUAAAACUUUUGGUGGACUCAAAGAUCCAUUAGACAGUGACAGAUUAAAAAAAAAAGCCACAGAUACCAAGAAGCC